GGAGUAGAGUAGCGUUAAGCGUAUCGUGAUUUUAUUUUAUGCUUUAAUAAUCUUAAUGAUGUUCUAACAAAUUCUCUUCGUUCGUUUUAUCAUAUAAUUAGCUACAAUGGCUAAAGAAGGCGAUAUGUCUCUUUACCAAGAUGUGUUGGAGCCUUUCAGGCGUGUGAUAAACACCGAUCCGCCAAAAGAGAAGUUGUCGGCGUCUACAAAAAUGAAUUUCACGGAUAGUAAUCAAUCUAUUAAAGAAGGCUUAUCUAACCUAUUGUCGAUGGGUAAAAGGAAGUCCAGAAUGAGCGUUGCUGAAGCUACACCUGACAAGCGUCAGCGUACCGACAGCUCUACGUCAAUUCCUCCGUCACCAUGGGAAGCUAAGAGGAUGAAGAUAGACUUGAUAGCAGCCAAGGCUCAGAUAACAAAGCUGGAAGCCAGGGUGAACCAUCAGCAUACAAUUCGGAAAGAGAUGCAGAUCCUAUUUGAAGAAGAGAAGGCGUCUUUGAUGGAACAACAUAAAAGAGACGAGCGGGCUUUGUCGGACAUGGAGGACCGUCUAAACACUAUCAGAAGACGGGAGCAGGAGUUAAAAGAUGAGUUGUGUGAAACAGUAAAAGAGCACAAGGAGAGCAAAGCAAAAUGGGAAUUAGAGAAAGGAGAGCUCCAGAGGUACGUAGCAGAGCUGAAAGACAAGCUGCUGGAGGCCAAUGUGAGCAAUAAGGACCAGGUUUCGGAAAUGAAGAAAGACAUGGAUGAAUUAUUGCAGGCCUUAGAAGGUGCCCAGGCUGAAGUAGAAAUGUUAAAGAAAGAGCUAGCCAAACAGACCAGCCGGGCAGAGCAGUGCACCAAUCUCCGGAGCCAGUUGGAGAAGCAGACAUUUGAGUUGCAACAGGCCAAUAGCAAGCUGAAAGAACUGCAGUAUGAGAAAGACUCUUAUAAAGAUUGGCAACAACAGGCUAAGACGGCGCAAAAACGGCUAAGCAACAUGGCUGAAUUAGAAAAAGAAGUCGCUCGGCUGCGCGCGGCGGAACGCUCCUUGCGGGAUAACAUUGGUAACAAAAUGCUGCUUGAAGAGCAGGUGCAUCAGCUGACCAGCAGAGUCGAGGCUCUGCAGCCUGCUCAGCAGGAGCUCCAUGAGGCUAAGGUGAAGCUAGCGUCAGUAGAAGCGUCCCUCGCGGAGUGGCGCACCGCGGGGCGCGCUCACGGCGCGGACACGGCGCGUGCGCUACGUUCUGCGCUGGACGCGGCGCUGUCCGGCCAGCUGUCCGCCGUGGCCGGACAGUCGCAGGCGCAGUCGCAGCUGGCGCAGGUCACUGAGGAUGUAGCAACUCUGAAGUACGAGAGAGACAAGGCGACGACGAAGCUGAACGAUCUCAUGACCGUCCGGAAGACGCAAGAAAGCCUCAUCCAUAGGCUGCAGAAACGGCUGCUACUCGUCACCAGGGAGCGUGACAGUUACAGACAACAGCUAGACUGCUACGAGAAGGAGCUGACGGUGACGCUGACGGGCGAGGCGGGCACGGGCAGCGCGGCGCUGCUGUCCGCGCGCGUGGAGCAGCUCGAGCGCGCGCUGCAGGGCUACCGCGACCUGCUCAACAUGCACGACCAGACCUCGCACGCCACAGUGGUGGAAGGUCUCCGAGCAGAAGUGAGCAAGUGGCGCGACGAGGCGGAGGCAGCGCGGCGCGACACCGGCAAGCUGCGCGCGCAGCGCGACAACCUGCAGGCGCAGCUCGAGAGGCUCAACGUGCCCUCCACUAAGGUGAUACACUUGGCUGAUAAUCCAGCCGCCAUAGCACAUAAACAAGUUCAGGGUGACUUAGAGGCAGCCAAUGAAGAGAUAAAGAAGUUAAAGGCAGCUCUGAGAGAAGGCGGGUCGCGCGGUAAUCCCGAGGAACUGGCACAGUUGAGGCAGCAGCUUGAGAACAGCCAAAUUAAACUGCAAAGAAUGAAAGAAGAGUUCAUGUCAUCGGCGCAAGAGUACAGGGACGUGUGUUACAUGUUACUGGGCUACAAGGUCGACAGAACCGGACAUAAGAAUUAUAGAAUAUCUAACAUGUACGCAGAAUCGGCAGAAGAAUAUCUAACUUUUACUCUAUGCGACGACGGAAUCGAGAUGGUGCACACAGACUAUUCCGCAACAUUAGAGGAUCUAGUAGAGUUACAUCUACACCAUCACAGGUCCAUACCCAUGUUCCUUAGCGCUCUGACUUUAGAACUGUUCACAAGAACUACUAUGCAGCAAGAUGUAGAGGAAUCUGACUGAUAAGAGGGAUAGACUAGUUAUAGAUACAGUGAGUGAUGUGAUAUGGUGUGGUAACUAGUAAGUAUUAAGAGAUUGUGAAUGUGAAAAGGAUUUUCAUGAUAAGUGAUGAACCGGGCUUCAAACAUUGCGGUUGUCUUAGCCCAAACUUUUCUAUCACACUUUUUAGCCUUUGGUAUGGUAUGGCCGAUUGGUAGUGUAAAUAUUUCAGAACAAAUGUUUUAUUUAAUGUGUUUUGCACGAAACGAAAAGGUUUGUUUGGUUUACAGUCAGAUAUGUGAAUUAUUCUGAAGGCUCAGUACUAGAGGUAAGACGUGGCUAAUAGAAAAAAAAAGUGAUAUAAUGUUGAACUCUCUCAACAUUGUCCAUUUCUAAAUAGCAUGGCUAGGAGUUAUAAUAUAGUCUAAAACAAAAACUUAUUGUUUGUUAUAUCAUUAAGAGCUGUUUUUCACAUUAGUAUAAUUAUUGUAAAUUGUGUACUAAAUCAAAAGCAAUUAUUAUUAUUACAAAGAAGUAUCUGUACUUCCAUUAUUCUUCCCCAUAUUCAACAUUUCAUUAUACAGACAUUCAUAUGUAAAGCUAUACUUAGCCCAGUUACAUCUAGGAGUGUAUCAUUCAUAGUAUUUAUAAAGAAUAUCAACCUAAUUCGCGGAUGGAUGGUAUUCUCUCAAGUAAUAUGUGAGUUGCUGAGUUACUAAUUGUAUAAAAUAUUGUGAUUUAUAAACGUACCACCGUCGACACAGUUAACUGAUAAUUCGUAACGUAAACUUUAUUGCAAUGAUAUAAGUUAAGUGUGUAAAGUGUGUUGCUCUUAGUACUUUAACUUGUUUAAAAACAGUCAGUAUAAAUUUUACUUAAAAAUCUUUUUUGUACAUUUUUAUUGAUUAGCAUUGGUAACUCGUUAAACUUCUAUGGUAUAAAAAUCGCAAUGUAAAUACUAGUAACUAGUAAAUAUUAUUAUAAUAAUUAUUUAAGUAGGAGGUGCAUAUCGGUACUCUGUACUUUAAUAAGAAAACACUGAAGUUGCUAUGUACUUUAAAUAGGGGAUAUUACUGCAAUGUUCUGCCACCAGUGCAGCACUAGCCUUUAUAGUAAACCAUAGAGUAACUUAUACAUACUUUACCUUUAACAGGUUUUUGACAAGUUUUCAGAGAUAAUAAAAUAUGACAUUGAUGCAUCAAGGCGGUUUGUUUACAGAGGACCUACCGGGAAACGCGAAUCCGAAAUUUAUCUGCCUCUUUAUCGCUCGAAUAUGCAAGAGUGACAGAGAUGUUAGAUAACGAAAUUUCGAUUUUCUUGUUUCGCGAUAGACCCUCAGAUUGUGGUAGUGGCGCCCCCUUCGCAGUUUCGCGUAAUAUUCCCUAUUAGUUUUAUAUUCUUUCGGUCUAAGUAUAUCAACUUCAGCCUAUGCCUAGUAGUAACAAGUUUUCAGUUAUUACAAUUAAUUACCAUUACCAAAAUAUUCAUGUCAACGUCAACUGAAUUGUAAUUUUGUUCGUUAAUCGUAGUAGAAGGCUAUGUUCCGAAUUACGCUCACAGCACGCUGGCGAUCGGACAGAUUCACGUUUGCGCUCAAGGUGCUUACGCCUGGGAGUGUGAGCACAGUGAGCGCCGUCCAUUGACGUCAUCAAUGACGUCACGAUAUCUUAAAUCAUGUAAACGCUAUGAGUGUGAAUCGGUCCGAUCGUGAGCGUGCUGUGAGCGCUGUGAGCUUAAUUCGGAACAUAGUCUUAAUAAUACUCUGGCACAGCCACCUGGUCAGUAGAACAAAGCGGCAAAUUUAAAAAAUGUAGACGCUAAGAGUUGACUUCUCAUAGAAAAUUCGAAUUUCGCGCCUUUUUCUACUGACAAGUUGGUUUGUUUUCAGUAUAAUUGAUUGCCAAGUUUCUAAAAUGUAUAAGUUGUCUGGAAAGUAAUAUUCAGUUGUAUAUUAUUUAAUUUUGACUGUUUAAGAGUCCCCGGCAAGCUCGGCCGAAUUUCACCUUCCCAUACAAACGGAGUUUCGUUCUCAUUUUAAAACUACGUGUUGGAUUGUAAUGAAACUUUGCACAUACAAUACCACGAGGUAUAUCUAGGCCUGCAAUUAGUUUAUAUAGCUCCAGUUUAUAAAACAAACGAAAUAGAGCAAUAACAAGUUUUGUAUGAAAAACUAAAAUUCGCUAUAUUUUUUAACUAUGGUAUCUGAAGCUAUACAAAACUAAUUACAGACAUAGAUUUACCUUAUCCUAUUGUAAGUACAAAGUUUCAAAGCAAACUAGCUACUCGUUUUAAAAUGAGAGCGUAACUACGUUUGUAUGGAGAACCGAGCUUGCCGGGGACCCUUAAUGUGUUUCAUAUAAGUGACAUUCCUAAUUGGUAAUCUCUAAUGUAUGCUAAAUAUGAAUUUAUCAACCAUCAGUGUACAGACACAGAUAAGUGUUGUAAUAAAUUUUCUAUAAAUACGA